AUGUCAAUCUAAAACAUGCUGGCCAACCAGCUUCUCAGUUCUCUUCAGUAACAGUCUGGGAGCUCUGGUGUCAACAUUAAAAGAAUUAUUUCUAAAUCCUAACAGAGAAAAUUGGACACCAAAAACGUCAAUAAGUUCAUUCAAACUAUAUAGAAUAACAAAGAAGCUUUUGAUAUGUUCAAAGAGGAAGCUAUAAGGAAGGGGUUAUUUAAGGACGAUCCAUUGCCAAUGGUUCAUCAUCGAUACUACAAUAAAUAUAUAAGACCUAUGGAAUCUCCACGAUUAAAUAGAUCAUCCUUAGAGACUAUGACAUAAAACAACUCACUUAUCAAGGAUACGUCUAAAUAUAUACCUUUAAGAGACUUACUCAGAUAAAACCAUGAUGAGAAGGUUUAGGGCUACCUAGAUAAACUAAAAAAUGAGGAAAACGAAGACUAAAAAAAUACUCGAUUUAAAUAUCAGACUUAGGACUAAAGAGCUGGACUAACUAUGAAUGUCUCUUAGCUCAGCAAUGAGAUGAGCAGUGCUAGUAAUCAUGUGUAGGGAUCUCAGUUGAGAAAUAAAUUUACAUAAAAAAGUGAAUUUUUGUUCAAUACUGAGCAAAAAAUGACAAGCACUCUCAAUAAUUUCAAGGUUGAAAUGUUUACUCCUUAUCAUGUAAAAAAGGACGAUCCUAAUGCAAUUCUGAUACCUAAAAUAAGUCAUCAGAUGCCAAGUUUAGAUAUAUAGUAUGUUGAUAAAAACAGCCUAGUAGUGCCAACUAAUUUACCUGAUAUUCUUCCAUUAAAAAAGUCGAAUAUGACAACUUACUCACCAAUAAUGAGGAAGCAAAAGAAAACAGCCACAAUCUCUUUGAUGUAACAAAAUAAAGAUACUUCAUCCUAAGUAUCUGUAACUAUCAAUGGUGAUUCGGCCAAGAAAAAGCCUACUAAGGCAAAUAUAGGAAACGUCACUAAUCUACUAAAUAUGAGCAAUUCAGAAGACACAUCUGGUGACGAGGAGUCAGGGGUAAAUAAAAACAAGAAUAAAGUCUAGCCUAAAUUUGUAGCUUAGAAUUCCAAAUAAAAAUAAUUUACUCUUGAUAGAAAAGACUAGAACCUAAUGAAUCAUUUCUUUACAAUGGGCACAGAUAAGAGACUUAACAAGACUAAGAUGAAGGAGCAUCUCCUAAAAAGAUAUCCUGAAAUUAUAGCUGAGAGAAUCAUGAAAGGACUAAUGCCACAUUUUAACAACUUCAGCUUCAAUUUAGAUUUCAAUUUUUAUUGUGACUACAUUGAAAACUUUGUCAACCAAACUGAAUCUGCCCUUAAAGGAUUUGUUUUCAAGAUUCUUGAUGCUAAUAAUGACAAAAGAUUGUCAGAAAGUGAUCUCUUUCAGAUAAUGAUGUGGUCCUCUUAGAAUUAGUAGUCUAAGCCAAUGACAGAUGAAGAAAGCAUGGCAUCUUCCGCAUUAGAUACUGAUCUUUUUCUUGAAGUAUUUUCUAAUGAUUUUGUCAGAAUUACCAAAAAUAUUAAUCUAAAAAGAAGAGUAAGAGGUAAGGAUGACUAAGAUAAGAAUAAAAUGAAGCAAAUAGAGUUUAAACUAUAGCAACUUGAAUAAUCAAUGAUACCAUCUAACUCUGUUGAUUAAACUCAAGCAUCAAGUCUUAUCAAUACAUCUAGAAUGCCAGAUAUUAAUUCCUAAAGCAGGAAGAACAGUAAAUUAGGAAAAGUAACAAAGUCUAACACAAUGGGAGCUAAAAAGAGGGAACUUUCAUAAUUGAAAUUAAAGUAUCAGGAGAGUCAAGACUCAGGAAGUGGUUAAGAAGAUCAUCCUGAAGGACAGAAAAACUCUGAGAAAAAUUUCGAAGGAGGAAAGAAAAAGAAUGAACCUUAAUCUAAUAGGUCUAGCGGUCACAAUAAUGAAAACUAAGGCCAAAUUUCUAUAUAAAAUUAGUCUUCAAAUUUUGAGGAUUCACUUGAAUCCCUAAACUUGCAUGAAUUCUGUAACAAUAUUACUUUUAAAUGUGGACAGCCAUAGCUCAUUAAUGACUUAGUAUACUAUUUAACAAAGAAAAAUCUUUUUAAGGGCAACUAGAUUUGGGAAGAGGAUGAAGAAUACUCCCCAACUAUUAGAGAUUUCGCUCAAGAAGGUAAUGAAGUCUUUACAGACAACUAACUUCAGAAUAUUAAGAAUUAAGUUAGCAUGGAUGAAUACAACAUCUUCUUGAAUCUUUUCAAAAGAUUCCUUAAUCUUGAAAUAAACAAUAAGAAAGUGUAGCUUCAUUUCAAGGAGGCAAAUUCAUUUUUAACUGAACAGAUAAUUGCUUAGAACUUCUAGUUAGUAUUUGGCUAUGAAAGUCCUUAUUUCGCCAAGUUAAUGUAUUUACUCCUAAGUAAAGGGUAUGAUAAGAGUAAAAUAGGACUAUCAAGAUUAAUUUAAGAAUUCCUGCCACUUCUAAGAGAUGAUGUGAGCUGUUCUCACAACAAAGUUGCUUUUAGACUUUAUGAUAUGGACAGAGAUAAUCAUUUAAAUAUUUUGAAUCUAUUACAUUUGUAAUAGAAUAUCCCAACUUAAUCUAUCGUAGGCUAGGAAAUAUUUAAGAUUAUGGAAUUUUACUUCAAAACUAAUAUCAAAGCUAAAUCAUCUUAGAGAAAAGUUGAAAUAGAGUUUGAAGUUUUUCAUAAGAUAGUGAAAAAAUCUGUGCUUGAAUUAAAAACGAAACUUUUUACUAUGACUUGGGAUAGAACAAACGUUAAGAAUAUAUUUUAAGAGGAUAAAAGCGUGCCUAUAUAAUUUGAGCAUCUAUUUAAAAAUCUUGAUGUAGAUGAGGAACAAACAUAUGGAUAAAGAGGGUUCUAAAAGAAUAUGGAUAAGAUGCUGUUUAAGCUUAUUAAAUUCUACAACAAAUAUUACAAUAGAUCUGGCAAUCAAAGCCAAGACUUUUCUUAAUUGAAAGAAGUCGAGCAGCAGAAAAAGAAAUAGUCAAAAGACAAGAAGAAACAGCCUAAAAAUUGA